AUGAAGUGUGUUUGACUGCCAUGCAUGACAGUGGGAGGACACUUUGUGAGACUUUGCAAGUAGACAACACUUUUUAGCUCCACCCCAAAGGCAAGCUCCUCCUCAGACACAUCUGUCACGGACUGAACAAACCCUGCCUUCUCUCUGUAAUGUCAUUUUUAUUUGCUACCUGUGUUACUUUCUCUCCACCCCCAGCUGAGCUCACAGAAGCCCUGAACUUUGGAUGCAAUGAUUUCUGAACUCUCUGCACACAGAAUUCCUGUAUGAUUACAGCCUGACUAAGAAGUUUGGCACAUAUUCCCUGUCGACAGGACAACGUCAACAUCCUUCUCAAGCUUUGUGCCUGGAUUAAAAGAAGUUCUGCUUAUUUACCCCGGGGACCUGCAGGAUAUAAACACAAGUACUGCUAUCAAGAAUCAGAAGACCAGCGGCAGGCUUAAAAAUGCACUUGAAGAUUGCACUUCUCCACAGGGCAGUGUAAGAGACAGAGGCAUUGGACACAGCUAGUACUUAAAAAGACAGGAGGUCUUCUUACUACAGCCUGCAAAAAGAAGAGAGGACUGUGGCCUGCCUGAACUUACCUCACUUCUGGACUCACAGAAUAUCUCUAUAAAACACAAAGAUUUAAAAACAGCACCCAGGGCUGUCUCAGCUACCCUGAAACUGAGCUGAUAUUCAUGAUGUCAGAAAGUAAGGAGUAUCGCCGCUCACUGGUGGUCACUCCCAAGACCAACGCUCAGUUCAACCAGUUUCUGCCAAGCAAAGACAAGCAGUUGAGCUACGUUCCAGCUCCACUACGCAAGAAGCGCACUAACAAUCAAAAUGAAGACAACAGACGCAGCUGGGCUAGUCCCAUGUUUACAGAGGACGAUGGAUCUUUCUCUAGGAUAGGCUCAGGCUCGUCCUCCAUCAAUGAACUAGCCAAACAAAAUUCUACACAAGCUGCUUGGCUGUUUGAGUAUGAGAGCAGUGAUUCAGAGGUGGACCGUCCAGACCCUGACCCGUUUCUCGAUGAUUUGGCCAGUCGUCGGUUUCACACCUCAUCUGCUGUCACACCCACCAACUUUGCAUUACCCAUGACUUCAGGGGAAUCCACCACCUUGCCCCAAGCCACCAGGCCAAAGGUCAUGGAUACUAAUUUGCCCCGACCAACAUUGACCUAUCUCAGUGGUGAAUCUAAGCUUCCUCAGAAGGCUGCUAGGAGGUCUGUGUCUGCCGAUGUCUACAUGUAUGAUGCUUCGGAGGAAGAAGAUGAGAUUGGCUUUGCUGAUCCUGUUCAGGAUGAUCUUUAUGCUCGUAAAGUGGGUCUGACAGAAGCCCAGCCCAUUUCCACUGUACACUAUGAUAAAUUUCUCCCAAAGUUCUGGACACCAGCGGAAGACAUGCAUGUGCAGAAAAUCAAACUGGGAUCCCAGCGUCGUCCCUGGUACAGAAAGAUCCAGGGCUUCAGCCAGAAGAAGUCUGGUUCAUCCUCAGAGGACUCUGACUGCGAUGUCAGUUCCCAGCUCUGUGUGUCCUCUACCUCUCAUUCUGAAACUCUUUCCCCACAUGCACAAACCUCAGCACAGCUCAGUCCCAUCACUUCCAGUCCUACACCACAGCCACUCAUGCUCACUCACCAGCCCCCUGGAGCCCAAAGAUUUCAGCUUCCUGAUUUCUUGCCCAGUCUCCACCCCACUUCAGGUCCAAGACUCAUUAAGUGCAAGAGACACCCACUGUUAGGGCGGGAACACCCUAAUGAUCCUUACAAUGUAUCUGAGGACAUUCUCCCUGAUUUGGAAAAUGAUGACAUGUUUAGCCGUCGCACAUGUGCCUUCAAUUCUAACAUUGAGAUGGCCAGGAUAAAAUAUGGGGGUCUACUUACUUCACAUCACCGGUCUGAACCGUGUAUUAGAGUGGUCACUCAACACAGCAAAGACAAAUCUAUUUACCCUGACAUUGAGAAAGACGACGUGGUCACUCGCAGGUUACGGCAACAGUCUACACUGCGACCACUUUCAGGAGCACCUGAUAAUUAUCACCCUGUGCCUAUUCCUGAGCCCUGGACCCUGCCACAAAAACUUCAGGCCAAGGUUUCUGCCCUGUGCACCCCAGUACACGUGACUGCCCAGGUGCAUGCCGAACAAAAGGUGGACGCAACCCGAAAAACGGAUGAUAUGCUAGUUAGGAAGCUUGGAAUUGCACAUGUCCAGAAUCCUACUGAGUAUUCCCAGAGGACAGUUGGAACUCAAACAGGUCCAAGUGUACCUUCAUCCUGCAGUGAAGAGGAUCUGCAAAAAUGGCAGGCCAUCAGAGAGGCCAGUCGCCUAAGAUAUAUGAAGAGGCUAAUGGUGGAGAGACAGUUGCAAAAGAACUCAGAUAGUGAUGGGUCUAAAUCAUUGAGUGAGCUCCCUAUUGAGCAGGCAGUCCAAAGUGUUCGUGUUGAGGAUCUGCAGAAAUUCCGUGCACAGGUGAAGGAAAGUGAAGACAAGUGGCAGGAUGAUCUUACUAAAUGGAAAAACAGGCGCAGGAGUGUUAACUUGGAUAUCAUGAAGAAGAAAGAAGAGAGAGAGCAAGUCGAGAUACUUACUUCAGGCAGCAGCACCAGAAAAUCAAAGACCUUCAAGGAAAUGGAAGAGGAGAGGGAAAACAAAGAGCCAGGCUACAAAAGUCGCUUUGCUAAGUUCUCCACUUCUGACGACCAGGAUGUCUUUGAUGAGCCAACACCCAAGACCAGGGUUUUACCAAACCGCAGCUAUACCAUUGAUGAUCCCUACAGUUUCAGUCGAUCUAAAAUACGCUCUCUGCCCAGCUUAAUAGAUGAUGAACCUGAGGAUUUCAGCUUGCCAUCAGAUGAUGUAGAUGCUCCAUCCAGUCCUGUGCCGUCCAGCUUAGGGAGCACUCAAUAUACAAGUCAAGAAAAACAAACUAGUAUCUCCAGCAGGCAGAACCUUCUGGAUGAUCCAGUUCCAACCAGUGUCACCAGCAAACCAAGUCUACUAGAACCCACCAGCAACACUCGGUCAAGUCACACCAGCACCGUCAUCAGCAGUCCUGCCCUGGAGGCCAACAGCACCUCAAAACCAAUUACAAAAUCCAGCAACUCUGUUAGGCCUGUGCCUGUACCUAGGCAAGACCAAAGUCAGACUUCCAAGUAUAAACCAGUCUCAGCAGAAACAAAGCAACCCAUUGCACCUCAGGUUUCUGCCUCACUCCCUAGGAGCUACCAGAGAUCAGAUAGUGCACGGAUCACUUCUGUCAUCACUCCCAGACCAUUUGGUGCCUCAAGUGCCAAAGUUGCCUCGCUGCCUCGUCCCUAUAUGGUGGAGGACUCUCAGAAGCGCUUAAAUGGUGAGAGCAGUAAGCCUACAACAGUUCCAAUCCGUUAUACACCAUUUGUUAAAGAAGAUGAGGAUAAAUCCCGCACCAGUUUAACACAAAGCAGUAAUGAGGAUGAAGAAGAGCAAGUGGUCCCCCCUACACUGUCAUCCAUCACUCCAGUCAGCCGUGUAGCCCCACAACCUAAAGCUGUGUCUCCUGUCAACAACAAACAGCAGGAAAGCUACCGUGAAAUGAGGAUUAGCCUGAGCCAGAAACCCAACAGCAGUCAUGACUUUGGCUUUCAGACUAACUGGGACUCCACAGGGGCCAUUGUGAAAUCUGUCCAGCAAGGCAGUCCAGCAGAGCUGUGCCACCUGCAGGUCGGGGAUAAGAUCUUGGCAGUUAAUGGGCAGAAGGUGGCAGACAUGAGCUAUCUGCAGUGGAAAAGGAGCAUGGAUGAAGCACUGCAGGAGGGUAGCCUUUUUAUGGACAUUCACAGACAGGGAAAGGACAAUUGGGGCAAAGACCUACCUUCCCUUCCAUUUAAAAGCCGUAAGGUCAUCAAUCUCACCAGUGCGGAUUCUCUAGGUUUCUCUGGGCCAUAUGCCAACGUGAGCCUGGACUUCACCACACGCCCAACCAUGGAUCCCACUGUGAAAACUCUGAAUGUCAGCUCCCAGCCGAUCAAUAGUCUUUCUUCCAAUGGCAUUAAUGGUGGAAUCAAUGAGGAACCAGUGAUUCUGAGAAACAAAGAACCCAUUUCUUUAAAAAACCUCAAAAGGAGAUCGGAGUUUUUUGAACAAGGUGGCUCUGAAAACCACAUAUCAGAUCUGCCAGUUCCCUCUCUCUCCACUUCUUCUACUCGCUGGUCCUGGGACCCAGAGGAAGAGCGCAGACGACAGGAGAAAUGGCAAAAAGAGCAAGAGCGCCAGCUUCAGGAAAAGUAUAGACGAGAUCAAGAAAAGCUGGAGGAGGAGUUUAAAAAAGCUCAGCAAGAAGCUGUUAAAGAAGGCACAAAACAAGAGGACAUGAGGAACCUUGAGCUGCAGCAGGAGGCCUCGAGACUGGCCAUCAAAGAGGAAGAGGAGAGGAGGAGGAGGAGCAGAGAGGAGGAGACGAAAAGAAAGGAAGAGCAGGCGCGCCUUGAAGUGGAGAGAAAAAAAAGGGAGGAACAGGAGCGUCUUGAAGAGGAGAGGAAAAGAAAGGAGGAGCAGAAACGACUGGAAGAGAAGAGAAAAAAGGAAGAAGAGGAGUUUAAACAGAAGGAGGAGGAAAAGAGGAGGAGAGAGGAAGAGGCAUUAAAACUGCAGAGAAAAAAAGAGGAAGAGGAGGAAAGGAGGCAAGAGGCCCAGUGGAGACUUCAGGCAAAUGAUGCAGAGUAUACUUUCCCUGAGCUAACCUACUCACACAGGGCCAAGUCCAAAUCUACUCCAGAAUUGGAUGACACAGAAAAAACUGAUAUUAAAGGUGUGUAUAGCAGGCACCGGGGUCUGGCGGGAUGGCUUCUGGAGGAAGAGUUACGAAGGAAGAAAGAUCCACAUAUCCUAAGACAGCAGGCUGCAUCUGAGCUGGAACUGGAGAGGAGAAACAUCCUUAGUGCUAUGAGAUACAGUAAUCCAGAGAGAGGAGCAAGCAGUGGUGAGAGCUCUUUGAUUAGGGCCAGCCAGAAUAAGAAAGAACCACUAUCAAAGGCUGAAGCUGAAAGGCAGCAGGUCAUUCAGGACAUGAAGAAAAAAACUACAAUGCUGACAGACAGCUGCUGGAUUCGUCAAAGUACCGUCACUAGUACAGAAAAAGAGCCAAUCACCCUUCCCAUGAGGAGAGGUGAGUCUCUAGACAACCUGGACAUAAAAACAAGCCGUCCUUCCUGGAGGUCAUCAUGGACUCCGGCCAGCACUUCGUCUAUCUCAGAUUAUAGCCGUCCUUAUAGCGGCUCUUCUUCAAUCCAAAGUGAACGUCCAGGUGCUGCCACACUGCCUUCAUAUCAAUCUCAUAGGCCAUCGUUGCCCCAGUCCACAUCCACCACCUCCACAUAUUCUGAGAAUCAGCCAUCCUCACAAAACAGGUCAGUCAGUGGCAAGAAAAUGUGUACUUACUGUGAUAAACCACUGGGUAAAGGAGCAGCAAUGAUCAUUGAGUCCCUGGGGAUCUGUUAUCAUUUACAAUGCUUUAAGUGCAUUCAAUGCAAAACUGACCUUGGCGGCUCAGAAAGUGGAGCUGAAGUCAGGAUACGAAAUAAACAGCUCUUCUGUAACUCCUGCUAUUUGCAAAUCAAAACUGGGCAGCCCACUUCCAUGUGACCUCUUUGGAUUACAGCAGAUUGAGGAAGAACCUGGUCCAGAUACAUGUACCAUGAACACUAUAAUUAAAGUUACACAUUUUAACAACAUUAUGGGAUGGCAGUAAAGAUUACACAAUAAACAUCUGUGCUUUAUUUUUGCUUAUUAAUGUGGGAGAGGUAAAGGUAUAUGUUUCCAAAAAAAGUAUUACUGACUAUUCUUGCACAAAGUACAAGGGACAUGAAUUUACUUAGAAGCUAGCAAUAUAUUGGAAAUAAUUAGCACUGUGUUCUUCACACAUGGAAGCUUUGGAUAAUUUGUCAUGAUGGACAAAAAGCAGGAAGGCCUAUUUUGUAGAUAGAAUCUGCUGGGUUUUUUUUUUUUUCUUCAUCGCUUUCAAAGUCUAUCUUCAUCAGAAUUCUGCAUGUUAUGGUGUGUUGACAAAUAUUCUGUCAUCUAUUCAUCAUUUUGCCUUUAUGUUUGUGAUGGGGGAAAGAUGAUUUAGAAUAACUAUGUUAAGAAUAUAUUUAAAAGUGUCAUGGUUGUAGGAAGAGUGUGUUAGAGUCAAUUUAUCAAAACAUCAGAAUAAGAUUUUCCACAAAGUAAAAUAAUCAGAUACAUAGAAAAGUAAUUGUAUUUACCAAUAUUUCUAAAUAAAGUUACAAAACCAAAA